UGUGCACGAUCGAGACCUAGGGACCGCACAAUGUAGACGAGCUAGCUGUGCUGGAGUUGUCGUUUAGUUUGGGUCAUCAUGUCCCAUUUCUCUACUAGUCUCCGCCUUUCAUGCUCUCUUGCAGAAAACACGCAAUUCUCAGUUUUCAUUGUCCGUUCUCUCAACUGUUUCUACUGCUGAAUCCUCAAGCUUUAUUCACCAAAAAAGAAAAAUAAUUCCUCAAAAUUUUCCUGUAGGUUUUCGGCUCUUUUGAUAUUAGUACUCAAAGUAAGGAUUGGAAGAAGCUGUAGCAGAUCCAUCUUUUGAUAUCUAAGACAAGGACAGGGGCUGCAUACGCACAAUUGAAGACCCAGGGGCAGGCAUUGGAGGCCAGCUGGUUGUUCUUUUCAUGUAAUAGUCUCGGCUGUUCAUGCUCUCACACAAUUAUUGGUUUUGAUUAAAGGUGGAGGCGACAGAUCCUUUUCAUUAUUUAAAAAUCAAUAAAAGACAAUUUUUAUAUUAAAAAAUAAUUAGUUUUUAUUUAAAACAGUUUAAAAAUAAAAGAAAAAACCGUUUUUGGAAAUAGUAACAAUGGUGAAAAAGCCCACUAAACCUCCUUUCUUCUGGUGGGAUUUUUGAGUUGUGGUGAGAUUUAUUUUGUACAAUCACAUACUAUUUUUUGUUUUUUAUAUGCUUUGUUCAGUGCGAUUAGAAAAAAAAUUUGUUUUCUAAAUACUCUUUUGCAGAAAAUACGCAAUUCUGAGUUUUGAUUCUCGGUUCUCUCAGCUACCAACCCUUAAACUCUUUAUACUGUUGAAUCCUCGAGCUUUAUUCACCAAAAAAGAAAAAAGAAUUCCUUAAAAUUUUUUUGUAGGUUCUCUUCUCUUUUGGCUUCACUACUCAACGUGAGGAUAGGAAGAAGCUGUAGCCGACCAAUCUUUUGAUAUCUAAGACAACGACAGAGGUUUUGUUAGUGAGCGUUCUUCUAAUUCAAAAGACAAAAGAAAAAAAUAUAUAUGGAGGCUUGUAUUUCGAUUGUUGGAUCCAUUCUUGGCUCUCUUACUAGGAAAGCGGCGGAGUACACAGUUGAUCCCAUUGCACGACAAGUUAGUUACUUGUUCAAGCACAAGAGCAAGUUUCAAAACCUCAGGGAUCAACUUCAAAAACUAAAUGAUGCAAGACAAAGAGUAAAAGAGGCUGUUAAUGCGGCUAACAGACAGGGAGAGGAGAUAUUUGACGAUGUGAAUUCGUGGUUGACUAAGGUCAAUGGGAUCUGUGACGAGGCUGCUGCGCAAUUGGAUGGGGAUGAAAGGAAAGCAAAGCAGAGGUGUUUCGUUGGGUUUUGUCCUAAUUUUAAGUCUCGUUACCAACUCAGUAGAAAAGCUGAGAAAGAGGCCAACACCAUUGCUGAACUCCUGAAAGAUAAAGACCGAUUGGAUGGAGUUUCCUACAAACCUGCUUCAGAAGGGACAGCUACCAGAGCUGUCAAAGAGUACGAGGCCUUUGAGUCAAGAAAGGGAGUUUUAGAUGCGGUCAUGACGGCGCUUAAGGAUGCGAAUUUGAGCAUAAUUGGUGUUUACGGAAUGGGCGGGUUGGGUAAAACUACCCUAGUCAAACAAGUUGCUAGACAAGCCAAGGAUGAAAAUUUGUUUGAUGAGGUGGUCCUGACAGCCGUAACCCAGAGUUAUGACAUCAAGGAAAUUCAAGAUCGGAUUGCAGAUGAAUUGGGUCUGACGUUUGAAAAGCAGAGUGACACCGGGAGAGCAGGCAAACUACGUGACAGACUAAAGAGAAUCAGGAAGGUUCUUGUCAUCUUGGAUGAUAUUUGGGUGAAAUUGGAUAUGGAGGCUCUAGGAAUUCCUUACGAAGGUGAACACCAAGGAUGUAAGAUCUUACUGACGUCUAGAGAGCAGGAUGCUUUAUCUUUGAUGGGUUCGCUGAAUAACAUUUCAAUUCAAAUAUUGAAAGAAGAAGAAGCAUGGAAUCUGUUUAAGAAGAAGGCUGGUGAUAUUGUCCAAAGGCCCGACUUGCAUGCUACGGCAAUUGAAGUGGCCAAAGAAUGUGCUGGAUUGCCGAUCGCCAUUGUAACAGUUGGGGAAGCUAUGAAAAAUAAGAAGAAUUUGUCUGAUUGGAAGUAUGCUUUGAAUGAACUAAGAAAUCCCUCUAAAAGAAACUUCAAGGGGAUACCAGCAGGUGCAUAUUCAGCUAUAGAGUUGAGUUACAAAUUUUUAGAAGAUGAGGAACAUCAACCAACUUUCCUACUCUGUAGCAUAAUGGGUCAUGAUGCUGCCAUCGAGGACUUGCUGAAAUCUGGCAUUGGUCUGGGUUUAUUUCAUGGAGUUAACACAAUUGAAGAAACACGAUAUAAAGUAUCUGCAUUGGUUAGCAACCUCAAAAGAUCUUCUUUGUUACUUGAUGGUUCUACGUUUGAGCGCUUUGAUAUGCAUGAUGUUGUUCGUGAUGUUGCCAUAUCGAUCGCGUCAAGGGACCACCAUUGGCUUGCCAGGGAUGAUGAAUUCAAAGAGUUGUCAAAUGAGGAAACAAUGAGAAAUUGCGAACUGAUCUGCUUGCAGUAUGCUAAGGUUUGUGAGCUUCCUGAUCAUGAUCAGUUGGAUUGUCCAAAGCUUACCUUUUUCUCUUUGGACAGUGAGGAUUCUUCUUUGAAAAUUUCAGACAACUUCUUCAGGGGAAUGCAAAAACUCAGAGUCUUAGAUUUUGCCAAAAUGUAUUUUCCAUCCUUGCCUUUGUCAUUUUGUUUCCUAAAAAAUCUUCGUACUUUAUGUUUUUCAGCAUGCAUGUUAAAAGAUAUAGUCGUCAUUGGAGAGUUGAAGAACUUAGAAAUCCUUAGCCUCCGUAAAUCGAAAAUUGCUGUGCUACCGGGGGAAAUAGGACAAUUGAUCAAGCUAAAAUUGCUAGAUUUGAGUCAUUGUUACAAGCUUAAAGUAAUAUCACCAAAUGUCUUGUCUCGUUUAUCCAAAUUAGAAGAAUUAUGCCUACUUAGUAGCUUUGAUAGAUGGGAGGUUGAGGGACAUGAGAAGCCAAGAACCAAUGCUAGCCUUGUGGAGUUGCAACAUUUGCCUCAUUUGACAACUUUGGAAGUCGAAAUUCCUAUUGUGCAAGCUAUGCCAAAAGAAUUGUUUUCUGCAAAGUUGGAAAGAUACAGAAUUUCCAUUGGAGGGAAGUGGUGGCGGAAUUAUAAGCCAGAAACCUCGAGAGAGUUGAAUCUCAAGUUGAAUAAAAGUAUUCAUUUGGACGAUAGUGGGGUUAAAACGUUGUUGAGGAAAACCGAAACUCUACUUCUGGAUGCAGUGAAAGAUGCCAUGGACAUGCUUUGUGAUCCAGAUACUGAAGGUUUCCCACAUUUAAAACAUCUUGGUGUCAGCAAUGAUUCAGAGGUUAAAUAUCUCAUUAACUCCAUGGAGUUGGCUUCUUGUAAAGCAUUUCCUCUUUUGGAGACAUUGUCUCUUUUUAAACUGAACAAUUUGGAGGCCAUAUAUUAUGGUCAACUCCAAGCUGAAUGUUUUGGUCAACUAAGAAAGAUAGGAGCACGAGAUUGUAAUAUGUUGAAGAAUUUGUUCUCAUUCGCCUUAGCCCGAAAGCUCGGCCACCUUGAAGAAAUUGAUGUAUCUAAUUGCGAGAAUUUCACAGAGUUAAUUGUAGAAAAGAGGGAGGAAGAGAUUGGUGAUGAUGACAUUUUAGAAUUCAGCCAAGUACGCUCUUUAACGUUAGAAAAUCUACCGUGUUUCAUUGGCUUGUUUAACUCAGAAAAAAAGCUUUCCUCAUCUCAACAAGGAAGAGUUCAAUCAAUUGAUGGAAAUUCAACUGCCACUUCGCUUUUUGACCGAAAGGUCAUGUUCCCAUGCUUAAAGAAGUUGUGGUUAGCUUGUAUCACGGUUGAAAAAUUAUGGCAUGAUCAGCUUCCGGUAACGCCUUUUAGUGUUGAAAAUUUAACUGAGUUGACUAUUCAGAACUGUCAUAAUUUGAAGAAUCUAUUUACUUCUUCUAUGGUUGAAAGCUUCGUGCAACUGAAAUCACUUCUUAUUGGAAAUUGUAAUGAAAUUGAAGAGGUAAUAACAAUGACAGAAGGAUUACUAGAAGAAGAAAGGAUGAGGAAAAUGGUAUUUCCUAAACUAGACAAUUUGCACCUCUGGAAUCUUCCCCAUCUCAAAAGAUUUUGUUUUGGAAAUCCAAAUGAAUUCCUCUCUUUGAGGGAACGAAGAAUAGUUGAAUGUCCAGUUUUGAACACAUUUCAUUCUGAUUCUACAAGGGUGGGUACAAUUGUUGGAAAUGAAGCAGGAAAGAGCAGCAUCUCAACGGUGAACUCUUGCACUGAUGUACCAAAAUAUCUAUUCAAUGAAAAGGUUGUGUUUCAAGGCUUAGAGGAUUUGUACCUAAGCUCAAUCGCAGUUAACAAACUAUGGCAUGAGCAACUUUCAGUAACUUUUUUUGGCGUUCAAAAUUUAACAAAGUUGGGAGUGUACGAGUGCCAUAAUUUGAAGAAUAUAUUUACUUCCUCUGUUGAAAGCUUUGUGCAACUAAAAACACUUGCUGUUGGAGAAUGUAAUGAAAUUGAAGAGAUAAUAAUAGUGACAGAAGGAUUAGUAGAAGAAGAAAGGAUGAGGAAAAUGGUGUUUCCUAAAUUAGACCACUUGAAGCUUAGGGAUCUUCCCAAGCUCAAAAGAUUUGGCUUUGGAAAUCCGAUUGAAUUCCCUUCUCUAACAUAUCUACAUAUAGAAGGAUGUCCUGUUUUGAACACAGUUCAUUCUGAUUCUACAAGUGUAGGAACAAUUGUUGGAAAUGAAGCAGGAAAGAGCAGCAUCUCAAUGAAAAACCUUCACACGGAUGUUUCAAAAUACAUAUUCAAUGAAAAGUUGGCAUUCCCAAAUCUACAGCAACUUCACCUCGGAUGGGAUGAUGGGAUGAAAGAGAGAUUGGAUGGCCUACGACUUGCACCGGACUGCUUUUGCAAACUAAAAGUUCUCGGACUUGUACGGUUUCCUCAACAAUUAGCCAUAUUCCCAUCUUACCUGUUCCAAUUACUAUCCUUACCCAAUCUCGAAAGCCUUCAAAUAGCAGGUUGUUACUUUGAAGAGUUGGUAUUCCAAAGUGAAGGAGUUGGUGGUGAGGAAAAGCCUGCAUCUGCAUCGAUGGUACUCUCUCGGUUAACUGAAUUAUGGCUUUCUAAUCUCCAUGAAUUGAUGCAUCUAUGGAAGGAAAAGGAAGGAUUCCAAAAUCUAAGGAUUUUACGUGUGGGAUGGUGUCCCAUAUUAAGAAGUAAUUUAGUUCCAUCCUCAGUAUGUUUCCAGAAUCUGAUGACUCUUGAAGUAUAUAAAUGUGAUGGGAUCAUAAAAUUAGUUACACAUUCAACAGCCAAAAGCCUAGUGCAGCUCAGAGAAAUGAGGAUAAUUGGUUGUAGAAAGAUAGAAGAAAUAAUAGAAGGUAGCGAUGGGAAUCGUGAUGAAGUGAAGGAUGAAAUCAUUUUCCCCAAACUCAACCUUUUGGAACUUAUUGGGCUAUCAAAUCUUGAAAGCUUCUGCUCAUCAGCGAAUCAUACCUUUGUAUUCCCAUCCUUAGCAACGGUAUUUGUGCAAGAUUGCCCAAAGAUAAAGACGUUCGCUCAGGGAGGGUUAAACGCUCCAAUGUUGCACAAAGUACGACCAGAUAGGUGGGCAGAUGAAAGGGAGGACUGGAUUUGGGAAGGAAGCCUUAAUAGCACCAUACAAAAACUGUUCAAGGAAUGGAAUCCUGUGGAGGAAAUGCAGAAUUCUGUAGAGGAUCAAGGCAAUCCUUCAACUUUUAACACACAAUCAACAUAGUCGAGAAUGCUGAAGAAGAUCAGCUCAAUCCUUUAACUGCCAAGAAACAUAAUGUGCAAGGUUCCAAUUCCUAUUUCCUUCAUGGCUGGCAUUUAUGAGCCUUGGCAGAGUGAAGUAAACAAUUUAUGGAUGACAACAAUUCUGAAGUCAAAGGAUAAGGAGAAAUGUUCUGUAAGUGGCAAAAUGACAAGGAUUUUGAAGUUGAGGAUCACAUACUUAUUUUGAACUAGAGAAUGAGAAGACUUUUUAAAUGGUGAAUUUCAAGGAUUUUCCACUCUCCCUUUUUGGGAAGGUGAUUUUCUGCUACACUGAAUCAAUGGCAAGUUCUUGUCCAUUGGGUGCCCCAAGGUAUGUUGUGCCUACAACAGCUUGUGAAUGGGCUGUUUAUCUAUCCUGACUAUAACUUGUUCCAUUCUACUCGACCCUUAUGUUGAGUUCCAUGCUGCCUAGGGGAAUUUUUUGUAGCCCUAUUAUGUUUUCUUAGUGGCACAGUUCGGAAUCAUGAUUUGAUGGUUCAUGGUGAACAAGGUUAGUCGUUUUCUUUGGCCUUAGGCAAUUUAUGCGCUUAUAUAUUAAUUAUCACUUGAUUUUUCCCCCCAUGAUCUAUGGUUGACAUUUUUUAUCAUCAAUGUGAAUUGUAAAUAGAGCAUUCAAUUGUCAAGGAGGUGGAUGGUACAGGGAAAUUGGGCAGAACGAAUGCCUCUCCCAGUUUUCUCAUAUGGUGAGGGUUAAGGCCAAUUAAUCCUACUGAUUGAAUGGAAAAACGGGAAAGAAUUCAAUCGCCAUUGUUUACAAAGCAUUUGCCUCAUGUCAAGUUAAGAGGCUGGUCCUUAUCAAACUUUAGCAAAGGCUUGCUAGAUUCAUUUCGUUAAUUGAAAACAUAUACAAGUCAAACACUUGCAGGAAGGCCCAAUGACUGAGAACUCAUUGCAAUGGAGUAGUUAUUUCUGAUAUUCAUAUAGAACAUUUUCUAUCAGCAUUGACAUAAAGAGAACAACCUGCAGCAAGGAUCUUGGUCCCCUGAAUACACUAUAAACCAAGAGUUUCCAAGUACAAGGAACGGCGGAUCAUUGUUCAAGUACAA